GAGGGAGAGAGAGGGGGAGGGAGGGAGAGAGGGGAGACAGGGCGCGCGGGAGUGAGAGACAGAGAGUACCGCGCAGGGUGGGGGUGGAGCGGCAGCAGAGCGCAAAGGGGGCCGGCCUCUCCUCUCUCCGGUCCUAUUAAGAGGAAACUUUGUGUUGUUCCUCAAGUUCAGCUCCACGACUCUCUCUCCGCUGUUCCUCUCUCUCCCUCUCUCCCUCUCCCCCUCUCGCGCUCCCUGCGCUCUCUUUCUAUCUCUCUCUCUGUUCCAACGGAUUUUUUUGUGUUUCGGUUGUUGUUAUUGUUUUCACGGGCCGGUUCGGACAACGAGAGGAUGGAUACCGUUCUGAGAGUUUCGCCGGCGACUGGACUAGGUUCCCCUGGAUAUUUCUAACUGGAGCUAACGUUACGUUAUGCGCGGGUCGUCGCCGGUGGAAUGAACAAUGGCGCGCAGGUCUUGCGCUCUGGCCGCCGGGGCCGCCGCGCUCUGGCUGCGGCUCCUGCUGCUGCUGCUGGCGGCCUCGGGAGCCGCGCUGCCCGCUGACGGAGCCUCCUCCUCUGGUUCCACUGCUGCUGCGCCUCCUGCACCUACUCCACCUGCGAACGAGUCGCUCUCCAUCGCACCUGCGCGCCGGUCCGAGGGCGUCGUGCGCACGGUUGACCGGAUUUACCACGGGGGCGGGAAAGUGGGGUACCUCUUGUACCUGGACGGCACGCGGUUUCAGUUGGACAUGGAGCGCGACGAGUCCGUGGUCUCGCGCCACUUCGACAAGCAGUACACGCUCGCAAUGAUGGGCGCGGAAGGCGGCGGAGACGCCACCACAACGCCUCUCCACCGGGAGUGUUUUUACCGCGGGACAGUGGACUCCCAACCGGAGUCCCUGGCCGUGUUCAACCUCUGCGGGGGCGGGCUCGAGGGUUCCUUCGCGCUCAAGCACGCGCGCUACACCGUCACCCCGUUCGUCAGGGCGAAAGGGCACGAGGGCGACCUGCGCGCCCUGCAGGACAAGGACGCGGAGAGCGCGCUCCAUUUGUACACGCGCGAGAGCUUCAGCUUCGAGGCGAUGCCAGCGGCGCGCGAGAGCUGCGGCACGCGCGAACGAAGGGGCACCUCGACAUCCCGACGUCGACCGAAGGGUCCCGGGACGGGGAAACGGGGCCGGGGUCGUCAUGGACCCGCUGUCGGAGCACGGGCGGAGCACGCGCACGACCAUGAACGUGAGGGAGCGCGCGGUCGGCGCCGGUGGAGCCGGUUGGCGCUUCAGGCCAAGUCGAUUAGCGCGCGUGGCAAACGGUCGGUGUCUCGCGCCAGACAGGUGGAGCUGCUGCUGGUGGCGGACGACUCCAUGCUGAAGAAGUACGGGAAGGAGCUGCACCACUACCUGCUCACGCUGGCGUCCAUCGCGUCCAAGCUGUACGGCCACGCAAGCAUCGAGAACCCCAUCCGGCUGACGGUCGUCAAGGUGACUGUGGUGGGGGAGCGGGAGAAGGGGCUCGAGGUCACCAAGAACGCCGCGGCCACGCUCAAGAGCUUCUGCAAGUGGCAGAACCAACAGAACCCGCUGGACGACGACCACCAGCACCACCACGACGCCGCCAUCCUCUUCACCAGGCAGGACCUGUGUGGGCACCACUCCUGUGACACCCUGGGCAUGGCCGACGUGGGGACGGUGUGCUCCCCGGAGAGGAGCUGCGCCGUCAUCGAGGACGACGGGCUCCACGCCGCCUUCACCGUGGCGCACGAGAUCGGCCACCUGCUGGGCCUGUCCCACGACGACUCCAAGUUCUGCGAGGAGCGCUUCGGGGCGAGCGCCGACAAGCGUCUGAUGUCCUCCGUGCUGACCUCCAUCGACUCCUCCAAGCCGUGGAGCCAGUGCACCUCCUCCACCAUCACAGACUUCUUCGACGACGGCAACGCGGAGUGCCUCCUUGACUCCCCCCGCGUGCCGCUGCCCGGACCCGAAGAGCUGCCCGGCCAGAGCUACGACGCGGUGCGCCAGUGCCGGCUCGCCUUCGGCCAGGAGUACACGGUGUGCCCCGGCAUGGACGUGUGUGCGCGGCUGUGGUGCGCCGUCACGCGCCAGGGCCAGAUGGUGUGCCUCACCAAGAAGCUGCCGGCGGUGGAGGGCACGCCGUGCGGCAAGGGCCGCAUCUGCCUGCAGGGGAAGUGCGCCGACAAGACCCGCAAGAGGCUGUACUCGGCGUCCAAUCACGGCAGCUGGAGCUCGUGGGGGGAGUGGGGUACCUGUUCGCGGUCCUGUGGGGGCGGGGUGCAGCUGGCCCAGCGGCUGUGCAACAACCCCCCGCCGCGCAACCACGGCCGCUACUGCACCGGGAAGAGGACCGUGCACCGGUCCUGCAGCGGCACCCCGUGCCCCCCCCAGAGUAAGAGCUUCCGCCAGGAGCAGUGUGAGGUGCGCAACGGGCCGCAGACGGACCCCAAGGGCGUGAAGACCUUCGUGGAGUGGGUGCCCAAGUACGCCGGGGUGCUGCCCAAGGACGUGUGCAAGCUGACCUGUAGGGCCAAGGGCACCGGCUACUACGUGGUCUUCUCCCACAGGGUGGUGGACGGUACGGAGUGCCGUCCCUACAGCAGCUCCGUGUGCGUGAAGGGGAAGUGCGUCCGCACGGGCUGCGACGGCAUCAUCGGCUCCAGGCUGCAGUUCGACAAGUGUGGCGUCUGCGGCGGGGAGGGGACGGGCUGCGUCCGCGUGGUCGGGAACUACACCAAGAAGAGUAAGGGCUAUACCGAUGUGGUCCGCAUCCCCGCCGGCUCCACCCACAUCAAGGUGCGGCAGCACAAGCCGCGCGACCAGCCGCGCUUCACGGCCUACCUGGCGCUCCGGCGGCCCGGCGGCGGAGACUACCUCCUCAACGGCAAGUUCAUGAUCUCCACCUCGGAGACGGUGGUGGCGCUCAACGGCUCGGUGCUCAACUACAGCGGCUGGAGCCAGCGGGACGAGUGGCUGCACAGCAUGGGCCCCGGGGCCCUGCGCGAGGCCCUGCUGGUGCAGAUCCUGGCCACCGAUGGCAAGCGGAGCCUGGACGUGCGCUACAGCUUCUACACGCCGCGGCGAGGGGGCGUGGCCGGUGGGGGCGGGGCCAACGGGGGGAGGGUGCACCCGGGGCCGCCGGCGCCCCGGUCCAACGUGUUGGUCAUGGGUACGGCGGCGGCGGUUACCGCGACGACCGCCAGAGCCACACCGAGAACCACCGCCACCACCACCACCACCACCAGUACAACCACCGGCAGAACCAGUACCACCAAACCCACCGCCCCCAGGACCACUACCCCCAGAACCACUACCCCCAGAACCAGCACCACCAGGACCACUACCCCCAGAACCAGCACCACCAGGACCACUACCCCCAGAACCAGCACCACCAGUACGGUCGGCACCACCGCCAGGACGUCCGCCGGCCACGCCCCCACGGGGAUGGCGGCGGACCAGCCCGGCGCGGGGGGGGAGGCCCCCACGCCGGGCCCCCCCCCCACGACGGGCCCCUGGCCCCGCUGGGUGACGGGCUCCUGGAUGAGCUGCUCCCGGACUUGCUCCACGGGCUGGCAGAGCCGCACGGUGCAGUGCAAGGGCCGCCUCGGCAAGCUGGCCAAGGGCUGCGCCCUGGGGGCCCGGCCCUCGGCCUUCAAACACUGCAUGGUGAGGAGGUGCUGAGGAGGAGGAGGGGGAGGAGGAGGGGGUGGAGGUCCCCCCGUCCCCCGUCCCCCCCUGGUGGGGACAGGAAGCAGUCACAGACGUGUGGCGCGUUGGUGGGGGGGGGUGCGUUGAACCAGGGACUUGGAAGAGGAUUGUUGUGGAUGCGCGCCGAAGGGGCUGGACUAACACACACACACACACACACGUACACACACACACACACACACACACGUGAGAUGGCUCGGCUGGCCCUGCAUGCAGCCAAGUACGCCAUCGGAAAAACCUCUCGGGUUCCGUGUUUCUUAAGCAAAGGCCGGUCGUACAUGUGCAUGUAUAAAACAUAUAUAUAUAUGUAUCCACGUAUAAAUGGCAAUGGUGCGGACGGUUGCAGACCAUCGCUGCCAAUGUAGCCAAGGACUUGACGUAGCAUGACCCCAACGUGUCUGGUCAGAGCCUUUGGGUCGGCCCCCAAAAGUGUCCGUGUGUGUUCCUGUUUAACGGCAUGGACUUUUGUUUUGUGCUGUGUGUUCUCGUUAUGUUCGUCCACGCGUCGUUCGUCACUGGCGGGGUUGCCAAGGCGACGCCACCCCCCCACCCCCUCUUGUAUCCUAUGUUGUCCGUGACAAGAACCCGAAAACCAAUGGGAAGCAGUGUUUCUGUUUUCGUUGCGUCCGGGUUUAAAAUCAACCAAUCACGUCUCUGGUGUCACUAACCUGUGACGUAUGGCCCCUCCCACAGCGUUUCAUUGGUCGGAGCUGCUGUCAGGUAUAGAGAUCAGAGACGGCCGAAUAAGCAAGAAACUGAACUCAUGGGGAUUACCCAGAAGUCAUUGCAAAGUACAGUGUGGAGUAAUAUAAGUUGGGUACCGUGGCCUUUUAAAGACAAACCUUGCAACUAUGAGAUUGAUAAAAGGCGCAAUUUGACUUUGAAUUUGACAAUGACACUCUUAAAACUUAACGCAGGUUAAACGACGUCCCUGCAUGAACAUGGAUUUGGGAAAUGCUUUGUAUUAUUUUGUUCAGUGUGCAUAGGUGUGCACGUGUAUUUUCUGAUAAAGUUUGUGGUCAGUUGAUGUGCACAACAUCUGAUUGCUCUCACACAUUGUGUGUGUCUGUCUGUCUGUCUGUCUGUCUGUCUGUCUGUCUGUCUGUGUGUCUGUGUGUCUUUGUGUGUGAGUGUGUGGACAUUGCAAAUCGUGCUUGAGUGGAAGUCUUUCUGUCUCUAACCUCUAUCUGUGAGCACAUGGUUCAAACUCGUGGGCCUUCAACUAUGUUCAUCCCGCACAUGCUCCUGUGUUUACGUGUCAGACAUCACCCACAGCUGCAUUCUUGAGGCAAAGAACGAAGCCAGCAUAAUUUGGUUGUUUUUCACUAUUGUUUUGCUUAUCGGAAGUAAGCAACCGCAAAUAGAUUAGUGGAAAUACAUUGCGCCGAAGACAUCCGUUGUCAAAUGAUUUUUCGGAAGUCGUUGAGUUUUCAGAACGACCAACCGAUCUGAUCCGCAUAAUCGAAUUUAGUUCUGCAAUUGUACGUACAUUCCGAAAAAAAACUAAAAUGAUUGUGCUAAGCUACAGCGAGUCAACAAUGUUAGCUUUAGAUUCCGAGAAAACCUUGCGCUCAAAUCGAUUUUGAGGACAAUCGUCAGACUCCAUCCUCGGAUAUUAAACGACGCAAGUCUGCAAAGCUGAAAAAACGGAAAACACUGAAAUAUGCUGGCCUUGCCCUUUGACCUUUCAUGGUUUCACUCGUUACACUGGUGCUGGGGGGUUAAUUUCCUGUGAUGUCUGUCCUCAUUUGUUUAUAUGUUUUCGUCUUCCUCAGUUGUUUCCGUUUUAUCGAUGAAGGUAAUCGAUGAAUAAGUGUCUGGGGUUUGGUUGGCCAACCCAACAUAUUAACUGACGAUCGGGUUAUGUACUAGUCCUCUUUCACACACAUCUUUUUGUAACGGCUGAAAUUAUUUUUUCUAAAUAAGAGUGCAAUAUAAUUCUCACUAAACAGUGAAAAUAAAGGUCCCCCCUUAUUUUGAAAACUUGCCUGCAAAGGAAAACGAAAGCCAAACAAAAUUGAGUUGGUGAAACAUUCUGUGUGCGAGUGUAAGAGAUGUCGUUGUCAAUGGCGAUAAAUGAAUUGGCCACUCAGAUUCAUCUCUAAUACUUUUUCUUGUCUUGUCUCAUUAUCCCUCAGUCAACAAAUUAGAUGAUUCCCUUUCUCCUCCACCUAUCUUAGAUAGGUUCAACGUACCACUGGAACAAAGGAAGAAGAAAACAAACAAAUGGUAAAGGGUUUAACUAACAGUCAGCAUAUAACUAGCUUAAUGCUACGUAUGCCCUGUCUCAUGUUUCCCAGAUAGCUAGGAUGAGUGACAUUCAGACAUUCAAAGCUGCUUAAAACUUUAUCGAUACUUGGUCAAACAUAACAUCGACCCAGAGCCAAACCAUUUGGCACCUAUGCAACAUUUCUUUAUUUUUAGUACUUCAGAGGAGAAAUUUUGUCAAUGUUCCGAACAUUUCCCCCUUUCCCUCACACUGGCCCACUGAGAUUAGCGAAGAAUCAACCACGAAAAUAUAUUUUAUUAUGAAAAACGUAGAUUUUGCAUGUAUGUGUCAGUAUUCAACCGUACAUACACAUGCAAAUUGUACUCAAAGUUUUAGCCUACACUACCAAAAACAUAUAUAGGCCUACCCACUCACACACACACACACGCACAAACUCACACACAAACACACAUAGAUAACAGCCUCAGGUUUUAACAAACACGACUUUUACUCAAAGUCACAAAUAGAACGAGCGAACACGAAUGUCGGAGGGCCGAUAACCUCUCUUCGGGACUUUCAUUUCCGAAUUGUAUACUUUAUCUCACAAACACGCACACACAUCUGAGAAAAAACACGACGUGUUUAAUGACUCUUAUCAUCAGAAAACAUCGACGGAAAAACACCGCACUGAACAUGUAAUUUAUUGUCUGUACAACCGUCACGUGUGAAUCUGAAAACGAAACAACAAAAGGCGAUGUGUUUAUUUAUUUUCUAUCAAAUUACUAUUUAACAUAAGAUGAUUAUGUUAAGUGAGAACAAUAUGAUUGUUGCGGAAUGAUCCCUUUGUAAGAACAUGUUUCGGUUUGUUUUUAGUUCUCUAGUGUUCCACAUCAAUAUAUGUACAUAAAAAUAUAUGUAUUUAAAUUA